GCCAAAAGAAGCGAACCCCUGCGCGAGAGUAGAGCGAAUCGAGCUCACCCAAGCAGUGGUUGGUGUCUGCUCUUCAUGCUGAAACGUGCACAUAUUUGAGGGCGAGAAAAACCGUGGUGGAGCGCAGUGACUGCGGCUGAACUGCAGGUCUGUCUUCAUCAUGUCUCUGUCGUCGACCACCGUGUCAUGUGGCCUGUGUUUGCUAGCUACGAUCCAGGGAGAGAAGCCUGUUUGCAUUGCCCUGCAGGUGCAAGACAAUGGAUGUGAAAAUAGAUCAGCAGGACGACGACAUCACAUUCAGCAACAGUGACACUAACAGUAAACGCCCAGCUGAGGACAUGGAUGAGGAGCAGGCCUUCAAACGCUCACGCAAUGCAGAUGAGAUGGUGGAGCUCCGUGUGCUGCUUCAGAGCAAAAAUGCUGGUGCUGUUAUUGGAAAGGGUGGGAAGAACAUAAAAGCCCUGCGCACAGACUACAAUGCCAGUGUAUCAGUCCCAGACAGCAGUGGCCCAGAGCGGAUUUUGAGUGUGAACGCCAACAUCGACAUUAUUGGAGAAAUUCUGCUGAAAAUCAUACCAACUCUAGAGGAGUACCAGCAUUACAGUGGGAUUGAUUUUGACUGUGAACUUCGCCUGCUAAUCCAUCAGAGCUUGGCAGGGGGCAUCAUUGGGGUGAAAGGUGCCAAGAUAAAGGAGCUGAGAGAGAACACCCAGACCACCAUCAAGUUAUUCCAGGAGUGCUGUCCACACUCCACCGACAGAGUCGUCUUGGUGGGAGGAAAGCCGGAACGUGUCAUUGAAUGUAUCAAAGUUAUCCUGGAGCUGGUGUCUGAGGCACCAAUCAAAGGUCGCGCUCAGCCGUAUGACCCCAACUUCUAUGACGAGACGUACGACUAUGGAGGGUUUACCAUGUUAUUUGAGGAGCGAGGCAGACGACCCAUUGGUGGGUUCCCCAUCCGAGUGCGUGGGGGCUUUGAGCGAAUGCCCCCGGUUCGUGGAAACAGACCCUUGCCUCCUUCCAGAAGGGACUAUGACGACAUAAGCCCUCGCCGCGGUCCUCCACCACCGCUGAGCAGAGGUGGGCGAGGUGGCAGCCGCGCACGUAAUCUGCCUCUUCCCCCGCCUCCGCCGCCAAGAGGAGGGGGUGACAGGUAUUCACAUGGCAGUUACCACAGCAGCAUGGAUGACAGACCAAGUGACAGAAGAAGCAGAGGAGGAGACCGAUAUGACAGCAUGAGUGGAGGCGGAUAUGACAACAAUUCUUCCUGGGAGCGCUUUCAGUCUGGGGGUAGAGGGUCAUACAGCGAUAUCGGAGGCCCAGUCAUCACAACACAAGUCACCAUACCUAAAGAUUUGGCUGGCUCCAUCAUUGGGAAGGGUGGCCAGAGGAUCAAGCAGAUCCGCCACGAAUCUGGGGCAUCUAUCAAGAUUGAUGAACCACUAGAGGGCUCUGAGGACCGCAUCAUCACCAUCACAGGAACACAGGACCAGAUCCAGAAUGCCCAGUACCUGCUGCAGAACAGUGUGAGGCAGUACUCUGGACGGUUCUUCUAAAGAGAAGGAAGCAAAGAAGAGGAGUGAAGCCAUGCUGCCAAACGGUUUGCUCCUUCUAUUCAGAGCCUACAUUCCUCUGCUUUGGGUAGAUGUGCGUGCCUCCUCCCCUCACUAUCACACACUACACCACCUGUCUGUUGGUUGGGAAUUUUAUUAAGAGGAGUUUUGGAAAAUCUUAAGCUGUCAAACAGCAAAAAAAAACAAACAAAAAACAUAUUUCGACAACAUAUUUUUGUGCUGGUGUAAUUAUUUUCUGGGACAUUUCUUGUGCCAUCAUUGGAGUAAACUCAUAAAUGUGAUAACUCUGUGUUGUGAGCCGCCCCUGGCCCUUAUCGCCAUCAUUUUAGUACAGCAUGCAGAAUGUAAUCUUUUUUUCUUAAUUUCUUUUUUUCUUUUCUUAAGGAACAUUGUGUGAUUUUUAUUUGUUCUUUUUUUGUUGUUCCUCAAAUGUAGAUGCACCCUCUCCCAAUAGAGAUGCAUGGUCUCAAAAAAUGGUUAAAGAGCCAUUUAAAUAAAAUAUACUUUUUACACAACAUCCAACACAAUUUUCCACUUUAAAAUGAAGUGGCUUUUUUUGUAAAAAAAAAAAAGUGCUUUAAAGGAGAUGUUUGACAUUUUAGGAAAUAUGCUUGUUCACUUAUUCUCUUGGGCGACGUUUGCAAAGAUAAACCUCAGCUGUGGCUUAAAGCUGUCAAAUUCUUAAGUGAGACUCUGAAUUCAUACCCAUACUAUAUGUUUUCUACAUAGUCUUGUGUAGUAGUCUAGUAAAAUAUCGGUUACAGUGAGUCCUUCCAGGUUUCAUCUCCAUGCCCUGACUUGUAGAAGGAUUCCAUCAUAACCCAUUUGAAGACCUGAUCAGCAACAUUUAGCUCAGUAUUAAGUGGUAUCUUAUCUGUGCUUCCAUUUUUUAUUUAUUUUUUUGUCAACACAGAAAUCUAAAGCUGGAUCAUAUUAUGAAGUCAUGGAUGAGCUGUACGGCUGCAGCCAACCAUUAAUUGCAUACAACUGGGUGAUAAAUGAAAGGAGAAAAAUCAAUGUCGGGUGUCUUAAGUAAAGUGUUGGUGCGUGACAUGCUGCCAGAGCAGCUUCAGUCUCUACACCAUUCUUUCCAAAGAUAUUCCUUCAUUUGGUGUUGUGAGAAUGAAGGUGGAGAGCACUUCCAUGGAUGUGGAACCACAUGUGAAAAUCACAGCAGAUGAUUCAUGUCAUGUUCACACUCAUAAAAACAGUCAGUGACCCAUGUUGCAUUAUGGGGGAAGUGAUUGUCAUCCUGUUUCACUAGUCAUACUCCAGACUGUACAACUUUGUUUUUGUUUUUGUUUUUAAACAAUCAAUUCAUGGAUCAUUGUUUACUUUUUAUUUUAUUUUAUUUUAAAUCACUUAACCCAAGUAUUGAUAAACGAUGUGCCUUUUGCCCCUUCAUUGGCUUCAUUGUUUAUGUUUUUAGGAGUUUUUAAGGGAAUAAUGAAUCUGCAGUUGAAAAAAACAACUUUAGUUUAGCACAUCUAAUCUUCAUUCUGGAGACAAAUAUUGGUUCAAUAUUGGUACCUGCCUUUCUGAGUCAGGUACUUUUCUUUAAUGUCAUUCAACAAUGCUUAAAAAUAAUCUCAUACACAUAUAUGAGCUUGGACAAAAGCCCCUCUCAAAUAAAACACCUCAUGGAUUUUGGAUGACACUAAUAAGAUAUAAGGUAUUAGGUGCUGGUACUGUCCACAGUCUCCCUGUUCAGUCUCAAUGUGACCUAGGCCUUGUCAACAGUAGUAUCUUUAAAAAAAAAAAAAAAAAAUUCUCUGCCUCAAAAUGAAUAAACAGCUUUCCCAAAAUGUCUAACUUUAGCUUUAAGUUUGGCUUAAUGUGCCAAUGUGUUAUAGUAGAAAUAAUUGUAUUAAGAAUGUUUGCUUUUCACCGAAAGUAGCUGUAUAAAGUGUGUCUGUGUGUGUGUGUGUGUGUGUAGAUAUAGAUAUACUGUAAAUAUCUUCACACACACAGAUGAUAUUUACCCAGACACAGGUAAUGUCACGAGUGCUUAGAAUGGUCCAGACUACUUUCUACUUUCUUGGAAGGAUGUGGAGCCAAAGGACAGGUUUGUUUGUCUUUUUUUUCCUGACUGGUUUAUUUUCUACUACUCACUUGGCUGGACUCGCUGUAAUACAACCUUUAUAUCGCCCCUGUCAGAGCCUGUUUCUCUUGCAUACGUGUUUUAUUUUUGUUUUGUUUAAUUUGUACGUUUUUUUUCUUUUUAAAUGUGUCCUCCUGGGAUACAGUAGAAUGUGAGCAGCUCUUUUUGAGUCCAUGAGUGGUGUUUUAGGUCUGGUCUAUUAUAUCUAUCUCCGUGUCUGAUAUCUGUAUCUGCAGGUGUUUACUAAAUAAAAGUCUGUUACGGUUCA